AGAAAUAUCAGUCGGUACUUCAACUCCAUGCAACAAGGAGUAGGAUACCUUCACUACCUCUGAUAGACUUUAAUACAGCUGAUCACCGAUCAACUGUUAAACAACUGACAUGAAACUGAUCUUUAUCCCUUUUAAAGAAGACACGUUUUGUAUAAACAUUUGGAUGGGACUCACAAAGGGAGCUAUGUUUUAGAAAAACUCCAAGAUUGAGUCGGAUAACCCUGUGAAGCUACCUUCCAUACCCACCGAGACAUCACUUGUUCUGAAUGUGGAAGAGGCGUCAGAACUCUGGGCGUUGUGUUGGUGCUCUCCGGUGUAUGAGCACCCCGGCUGGGACGGCCCUUCGGCCCUGGACCCCAAGCACCAGUGGUUGCCGGGCGGUACAGGGGGUGGGCAGAGCGCCAUGGUAACGCACAGCAGGUUUGACAGCGUCAUGAGCAGCAGCCCCUUUGAAGGCGGCGUGCGCCUGCCCCCCCACCGGUACAAGACCUUCAGUUCAGAGGCGCAGUAUCAGAUGGUGCUCGCGGCCGUACGCAAACUUCAAGAGAGUGGCUUCUACUGGAGCACGGUGAGCGGGAAGGAGGCCAGCUCGCUUCUGAGCGGAGAGCCCCCGGGUACCUUCCUGGUGCGCGAUAGCUCAGACAACCACCACUUUUUCACACUCAGCGUCAAAACGACCACCGGCACCAAAAACCUGCGCAUCCAGUGCGAUUCCCUCUCUUUCUUCCUGCAGACCGACCCGCGGAGCGAGCAGGCGGUGCCGCGCUUCGAUUGCGUCCUGAAACUCAUCCAUCAUUACAUGCCAUCUUCGAAAGGGACGGGGACCUCAUCCGUGGUCCAUGCUGCGGGGAGCAGCGAUGGAGUCUGUGGCAGGUCAGCGGAUGGGAGUGCGUACUUCAUUUACUCUGGUGGAGAGAAGAUCCCUCUGGAACUAUUGCGUCCACUGGCCUCCAGCAUGUCCAGUUUGCAGCACCUGUGUCGCAAGACUUUAAACGGCCAUAUAGACGUGUCCACCAAACGGGACCAGCUGCCUCAGACACUCCAAGAGUUCCUUCAGGAGUACGAUGCACCUAUCUAGCUAGAGCUCCAAACGUGUUUUAGAUUAUAAGAGCCACACGGCAGAAGAUGUGUGUGCCAAUAAAUGCUCACAGUUCAGCGGAAUUGCGUGAGUGGAGAUUUUUCGCUCCAGACCUCUGUGUCUGUCAGUAUUGCAGGCCAGCUGUGCCUUCGACAUAUGGAUUGUGAACUUUGGCAGGUGGCUGCCAUUUGAAGGACAGUGUGAGAUACGUACUCCUGGUCAUUUGGGCUGCUGCCAGGAUCUGACAUCUCAGCUGCUAUUGACAGGAUGAGCCUCAAUUUUCUAGUGGCCAGUCUCAAAGACAAACUGCUGAAGAUAAACACAAGUGAUAGUUGAUCAGUACAGGAGUUAAGUGUGCCGCUGUGGCUACGAUCCAGCUCCUCACCCAUCGAUCGGGAGAUGCUCUCGCCAUCCGUUUUAUCCAGCUCGACGUUUUUGACUUUCUCCUGGAAGGAAAGCUCCAGCCCUCAGUGUUUGAGCGAGAGCCGGUUGUUUGCGAUGACGCACACAUUUCCACUGUUUCUUGCCAAGUGUAAUUGCCUCAUAAGUGGGCGUGGGGGCGCAAACGGGGUGGCUACUUACCGCUCACAGCUGACACUGCUGCGUCUGCUCUGUGGACUGUGCAGCGUCAAGAUGAGGACUAGAGAACAGUAAACCAGACGAGGGGCUUGUUUCUUGGACGCUUUUGGCCUCUGACCUCUAUCAGCCCUCCCUGGAGAAGACGGCCCCUGAGGACGACUCAGUGGACUGUUGUUACUUUGUUUUUGACGGGAGCCAAAGCAAACAGUAGUUUCAUUUUGUGCCAGGGAAAGCGAACAUGGCUUAAUUACGAUGAAAUGUAAACAUAUACAUGAAUUGACUUUCACAUACUGUGAAACAAAUACAAGCACAGUAUGACAAACGUUCAGCUGAUUUACUGUAGCGUCUGGCAUGAAGAAAUAUGCUUCUCCGAUCACACGGAGAGGCAUUCAUGCUUUGUGCGUGUAAAAAAAUCAGUCAGGCUUCAACAUUCUCGUUCAAUAACAAUGACACAGUGUUUGUUUGGCUAGCAGGACUAAAAUCUGCUAUUCACUGAAUGUAUUAUGAGUCCAUGGAAGGGCUUAUGGUUCAACUUGUAGAUUGUCCUUUUUUCAUAUUUUGUCAAAUCAAGAUGUUUACAUGUGUGGCCACCAAUGGGACAGCAUGUGUUUUACUCUGUCUUUUAUAAAGAUGUCUGGUCUUAAGAUCUGGUCUGAUGACCGCCAGUGCAAGCUUGAAGAUCAGAAAAACAAAGGCAUUAAAAUAGAACAUGCAGCAAGAAACUUUGCACAUAUUUAUAUUUAUAAACUAUUUCCAUAAUUUAUAUUAAAGAGCACUAUUUUUACAAAAUGCA